UGUUGCUGACGAGACGCUGAUUGUGUUGUUGUUGAAUUGAAAUCGAUGAAGCUGUGAGAGCGCAAUUGUGACUGCAAUAUCAAGAAUCGUUUGCAGAAAUACGUACUUUCUACGUUGGAAACUUACUGGUGUGCUCCAUUGUUUUUACCAGCUGGCGGAGCCAUGUCAGAGAGCUCAAGUGACACAGAGUCCUCCUGUGGGUGGACUAUCAUAAGUAAUGAAGGUUCAGAUAUUGAGGCCCUGGGGCCAGAGAACGGCCUGGAAUGUGGCUCUGAUCUCCCAGAGAGCGCAGUGCUGGAGCCAGAGCUGCUGCAGAACCAACUCACCACUCUCUCUGCUGAGUUCACUGAGGAGAGGGGUGAGUCAUCUCUUGAUGCCACUCUGAAAGAAGAAACCUUAGAUGAGAUAUUGUCUGCUUCUGAGGCUGGAGGUGAGGUGGCCAGGGACGAGCAAGUGACUCUGUGCUCCUCCAGUGACCACUCUGACAUUGUGACUCUGGGGGACACUAGGGAGACUGAGCUCGGGCCUUGGGAUGAGCAGGCGGUGGAGGAGGAAGAGGGAGCAGUCAGUGAGGAGCUCUACCUGGGCACCUCUUCCAGCAGCCAGUACACCUUCAGCGCAGCAGAGACUGCCAGGCUGAUGAUGGGCCACUGGAAGCUUCCACAGAGUCUGUGGGACUUGGGCUGCCAACUGAAAGGGCAGAUGUCUGGCAGCUGUCCUCUCUCAGUUUUCCCUGCAGAGCAGCCUGUGGUUGCAGACUCCAGCAGCAGUGAGGAUGAGGGAGGAGAGCAGGUCACCCCAGUAGUGCGGAGGCGCAGGGUGAGGAAGAGCACCACUAGCUCUGUGGCUGAGCCUGGAGAGGAGGUGCAGGAGUCUGGCCCCAGUGACCGAGAGGAGACUCUAGAGGAGGAGCAGAAGGAGGUACAGGAGGAGGUACAGGAGGAGCAGGUGCAGCAGGAACCUUGCGUUGCACCCCCACCUCAAGGCCAUGUCAGCAGCACCCUUAACAAAUGUAUACUACUAGCCCUCGUCAUCGCCAUCAGCAUGGGCUUUGGUCACUUCUAUGGCACAGUACAGGUUCAGGACAGGCAGAAGAUUGUGGAGAAGAUCUGUGGAGUGAACGACCUUGGUAAUUCGAGAGAUCUGCAGCCUCAGUGUCAUAAAGGACCAAAUGUCAUCAACAAGGAUGUGGUUAAGAGUCUGAGAGAAGACCUAAAGGACAAGAGUGACAUGAUGCUGUCCCUCACAGGGAUUAUGGACAAGCUUACUAAAGAGAACCAGGAUCUCAGAUCCAAACAGGCCCAGCUACAGGCCCAGAAAGAAGACUUGGUCGUGAAACUGAAGCAGACUGGCGAGGAGAGGGUUAAGAUUGAGUCUAAGCAGAGUCACCUGAUGGUGGAGAACCAGCUGCUGAAGAGCUCCCUGGAGCGUGAGGAGGAGUCCCUGUCCACCCUUCAGGAGGAGCUGAGGAACCUGCGCUCCCAGAUCCGAGACCUGGAGGAGACUGGGGCCGGGACCGACUCCAUACUCUCUGAAAACCAGAGGCUGAAGGACCACCUGGAGGAGGAGACGCAGCGCCUCCGCAACUUCCUGAGCCAGAGGGAGGCCCUGAUGGCUGAGGCCCAGACACUGAGGAGGGAACUGGAUAAUGAGCGGAGGGUGACUGACCAGCUUAGGGAGCAGCUGAGCAGCCGCAACACCAGGGCUGGAGGAGAGAUCGACCCGGAGACAGAGGAGCUGCAGUCACGGCUCAUGGAGUUGCAGAAGAAGCUGAGCUUUGAGCAGCAGCGCUCUGACCUUUGGGAGAGGCUCUAUGUGGAAACCAAAGAGGAGAGGGCCAAGGGAGACAAGCAGGCCAAAGUCAAGAGGUCCAAGGAUGGUGUGAUAGGGAAGGUGAAAGACACUUUUGAUGCGGUGAAGAACUCCACCAAGGAGUUUGUGCACCAUCACAAAGAGCAGAUAACGAAAGCCAAAGAGGCUGUGAAGGAGAAUCUGAGGAAGUUCUCUGAUUCUGUGAAAUCCACCUUCCGCCACUUCAAGGACUCUGCUUCGCGUAUGAUGGACAAGACUUACCGGCCUCAUGAUCGGAGGUUUCAUGAGAGGAAGGAAGCCAAGACAGAGCAGCAGGAGCAUCAUAGAGACCAUGGAAACAAGGACUCAGAGGAGGAACCAUGGCAGCCCAGAACCCACAAGCCCCUGCAUCGUCACCCUCGUAAAUCCACUGAUGACUCUUUCCAGGCACACCGUAACACCCGGAAGUCGGGGGGUAAAGUUGAGGAGGACCCAGAGGCUGAGCAACAACAAAGAGGAGUGCCCAAAGGUUGCUCUGGGGUUUUCGACUGUGCCUACCAAGAAUCCAUGAGCCUCUUCAACAAAGCCAUGGACCCCAUAAGAGCAGAUGAGUUCAACCAGCUGCUUCACAGUUACCUCCAGCAGGAGGUUGACCACUUCCACCACUGGACUGAGCUGGAGAGCUUUAUUAAAAAUUUCUUUCACAACGGAGUCUUCAUCCAUGAUCAGAUGCUGUUCACAGACUUUGUUAGUGGUGUGGAAGACUACCUGGAGGACAUGGAUGAGUACUAUGGCCACAACGAUGACGUCUUUGAAGAUCUUGAUGAGUAUGUCUACAGGCACUUCUUUGGAGAUACCUACUCAAAACGUUAUGGGUCAAGUAGACCCUUUGAAGUGCCAAAUACGGAUACUAAAGAAGAAAGACUAGCCAAGCACCAGCAGCGCAAUCAGAGGGCCCGGCCCCGGUCACAAAGAGAGAGGAAGUGGAGCAGAGCAGGACGGAACACAGACAGACACAUGGCUGAUGUAAAAAUAGAGUUGGGUCCUAUGCCCUUUGAUCCCAAAUAUUGAGAAUAAUCUUACCUAAUGAAUCUGUUUUUAUAAUGGCUGAUAUUGUAGUUGCAAAGGCUAUUUAGGAUGUGUUUGAUGGAAAGCCUUUUCACUUCUUAUUCUUCUGUUUUUGUGAUUUUGCACAAUGUUCUUUUAAUGCUGCCGAAUGUCCCCUUGCUUCCUGUGUUGUGUAAGCAAUCCUUACGUUAGUAGCAAUGGUGGUGUAUCUGACUGCAAUCUAAUCUCAUGCGCACAAAGAAAAUUAUUGCUUCAAUGAUAAAUAUGACUAACUACAGCAAGAAACAUGGGAAUGUUUAGUAAAUCUGACAGUAGCUAACUCUGUAGUACACAUUCAUUGUCAUCAGGUCAGCUGUUACAUGUUCAUGUUCUUUUUAAGAGCCAUCACUGACUGUAAUUUGCACAACAUUUCUUAUUUUUGGGCCUUGUUUAAAAAAUAAUAAUAAUCUAUUACCAUUUUAAUUGUCUAAAUGUAGGCCUAAUGUGAAUGAAUAAUGAUUAAUUGGAUGGAUCCAACAAUGGAAAGAAAUUUUAAAAAAUGUCAGUGGCAUUGAGAAGUUAUGCACUGACAAAUACACUUUAAUUUAAAUUCCAAAUUGUCAUAAGGUGACAAAUUGAUAAUUGUGAGAUGAUGGCCUAAACAAUUGCUGACUGAUACUGUUGUGUGCAGUAAAACUUUAAAAGUAGCAAAACCACUGAGAAAUACUUGCAAGAAUGCAAGCUGGUUCCACAGUCGAUUUCUAUAAUUUGCUGCUACGUUACAUAUUUGUUUAAAAUGGUGAGAUAAAGUGCAACUGUGUUGUCGUUAAAUUGUUCAGUAACAUUCCAACUAUGGCUUGUUUUAUUAAGGCUGAUUUAUUUCCUUUCAUUUACAGAUGUGCUGUUGAAAAUGAAUUGCAGCUUCCCAAUAAAUAAAAAAAGUGAAUAUUGAUUGCUUCUCCCCCCUAACAUAGUGGACUGUCUGGCUAGGUGUUGCAUUAUUUUCAAUGUUUAAAAGAUCAAUCUGUUAUUCAGUUUUAUAAUUUAUUCCUUUACAUUGCAGAUCCAUUUUGAUUUAACUUCCCGAUGGUUCUGUUCAGUGCAUUUUGUAAACUAGGAUGCGUCUUCAAACUCGUCCUUGAGAUACAUGAGUAAGGGAAAAUCUUUGUGCUUAGAAAUGUAUUUGCAUUCUGUUCAGUGCCUUUGAUAAACUAGGAUGCUUUUUCCAACUCGUCCUUCAGGAACGUGACUGUGGAAUAUUUCUGUACUUCUCAUAAAUCUAUUCCCCUCCAAGAAUGCAGAGAUCUCCUGAGGACAGAAAAAGCUAAUAAUAAAAGUGAUUGUAACAGUGAA